GAAGUAAGGUUCAUAAUGGGGGCUGUGACCCGAAAAGCUUCUGCUUGUGAUUUUACAGCCGCCGCCACAGCAGCCAGCAGCAACUACGCAAAGAAAACAACUUCUCAACGUUUUGGGAAGAUGAUUUACCGACAUCUACUGGUCAACUUACGUCCGCAACUAAGGCUUGCAAACAGCCGAUAUUUCACCAAAUGGUUCCAAAGUAGUUCGGAAUAUACAAGCAUAUCAGAAGGACUGAAGAAAAUCUAUGACAGCAAACUUUUGCCUCUAGAGGAGAAGUAUCUAUUCCAUGAUUUCCAUGGACCUAAACUUAAUGCCCCUGAUUUUGAGGCAAAACCCAUUGUCCUGCUUAUGGGACAAUAUUCUACAGGCAAAACAACAUUCAUCCGUUUUCUUUUGGAAAGGGAUUUUCCAGGAAUGUCAAUUGGCCCAGAGCCCACAACAGACAAAUUCAUUGUAUUAAUGAAGGGUGAACGUGAAGGAGUAAUACCUGGCAAUGCUUUAGUUGUUGACUCUUCAAGACAAUUCAAUCAAUUGUCGAAAUUUGGAAAUCCAUUUUUGAAGCGUUUUCAAUGUUCUCUUGUUCCUUCACCUGUUUUAUCAGGUAUGACUUUGAUAGAUACACCAGGCAUCCUCUCUGGUGAAAAGCAAAGGGUUGACCGUGGUUAUGACUUUAGUGGUGUCCUUGAGUGGUUUGCUGGUAGAGUUGACCGAAUCAUUCUCCUGUUUGAUGCUCAUAAAUUGGACAUAUCUGAUGAGUUUAAACGCUCACUUAAGGCAUUACAUGGCCAUGAAGACAAAAUUCGCAUUCUAUUAAAUAAAGCAGACAAAAUCAAUCACCAACAACUCAUGAGAGUUUAUGGGGCUCUUAUGUGGUCUCUUGGAAAAGUAUUUACCACUCCUGAGGUAUCACGGGUAUAUGUUGGAUCAUUCUGGGACAAUCCUCUUGAAAAUGAUAUGAACCGGAAACUGUUUGAUGAUGAAAAAGAAGAUCUAUUUAGAGACCUGCGGUCUCUACCAGAAUAUGCUGAAUUGCGAAAGCUCAAUGACUUGAGUAAACGAGCACGUCUUGCCAAGGUUCAUGCCUACAUUAUUGGUGCUUUAGCCAAGGAAAUGCCUAGGAUAUUUGGGAAAGAUUCUAAAAAAAAAGAACUCAUUAAUAAUUUGCCCAAAAUAUUUGAACAACUUCAGUGGUCACUAAAAAUUGCACCAGGUGACUUCCCUGAUAUUAGAUUUAUGCAGGAACAAUUGGAAUUGCAUGACUUUGGCAAGUUUGAAUUGCUGGAUGAAGAACUCAUUAGAACAGUAGACGACAUGUUGGCUACAGAUAUCACUCGUAUCAUGUCUCUCAUGCCAGUUCAAGAAGAGAAGUUUGCCAGUUCAGACACUGUAUCAGGUGGAGCUUUUGAAAAUGUAGAUGACCGUGAAAGCCCAUUUGGCUUUGGACGUAAUGAAGGAGCCCUGGCAGGCCAUGGCGAUUUAGAAUGGAUUGUUGCCAAGAGCAAACCAAAGUAUGAUGAAUUGUUCAAUACUCUAGAGCAAGUGGGAGGUAAACUUACAAGAUCUGCUGCUAAAGAAGAAUUAUUAAAAUCUAAACUUCCCAAUUCAGUUUUAAGCCGCAUUUGGCAUUUAGCCGAUAUUGAUAGAGAUGGUCUACUGGAUGCGGAUGAGUUUGCAUUGGCUAUGCAUUUGGUUAAGGUGAAAGUAGAUGGCCAUGACAUCCCACAACAGCUUCCUGAUCAUUUGGUUCCUCCAUCAAAACGACAAUCACAAAGAAAAGCAUCAUUUGCCUGAAAAUCAUUACUAUUUAAAUAAAUUAGGAGCACUGUCAUUCAAUCCUAAAUCACCAUAUUGUAAGUUUCCACUGACUUUCAAAUGUUCCUUCCUAAUUGUUAAAAUGUUCUGAUUAGAGGGCUUGUCCUUCUACUCUAAUACCUCAAUUCUGUGAUGGUUGAUUAAUCUGCUAAGGUUUUAUAAUACAAAGGACAGAGUUACAAGCUUGUACAUAAUAAUGUUGAGGAGUAUGGUAAAUGUAACAACAAAUUUUCAGAAAUAUGAGCUUCUGAAUCAAGUUUUUCCCCAGCAAAACACUAGCGCAUAGGGCCAAGGAAUCUGUUAAAAAGCUAUCACCCAAGUAUAAUGUCCUACAUGAGUUGAUAGCUCGUCAUCUGUGAUUUAAUAAAUUUUUAAGUAAUUUUAA